GCAGUCAGUCCAUCACCAAGCGUUCCAGCCUCAGCAACUGAAGCCCCACCAGAGCUCUGAGCCAAAAUGACCUCCAACAUGAUGUCCAAGAUCACCUUCUACGAGGACAGGAACUUCCAGGGCCGUUCCUACGAGUGCAUGAACGACAUGUCCGACAUGUCCUCCUACAUGUCCCGCUGCCACUCCUGCAGGGUGGAGAGAGGUUGCUUCAUGGUCUACGACCGCACCAACUACAUGGGUAACCAGUACUUCAUGAGGAGGGGCGAGUACCCCGACUACAUGAGCAUGUUCAACUGGAGCGACAGCAUCAGGUCCUGCCGUAUGAUCCCCAUGCACAGAGGUAACUACAGGAUGAGGAUUUACGAGAGGGAGAACUUCGGAGGUCAGAUGCACGAGAUGAUGGACGACUGCGAGUCCAUCAUGGACCGUUACCGCAUGUCCAACUGCAUGUCCUGCAACGUGAUGGAGGGCAACUGGCUGAUGUACGAGCAGCCCAACUACAGAGGCAGGCAUAUGUACAUGAGGCCUGGCGAGUACAGGAACUUCAGCCAGAUGAUGGGAGGCAUGGGAGGCAUGGGCGGCAACAUGAGGUUCAUGAGCAUGAGACGCAUCAUGGAUUCUUACUACUAGAUACCGCUUGACAAAUGUAAAUCACUAAACGUUUUCAUGAGAAAUAAAAAAACGUUGUCGUAAAGUCUGAUU